AUGGAGCUAGAGACGUUGCAGUCCGAUCGACCAGUGCGUGACUCCAGACCCAAUCUCCAGAGCGUGAAUGCUGCUACCGAAGUCAAAUCCAACGACAACUGUGCGGCGUGCGGGAAGGGACAUCGUUUGUAUUUCUGCGAGCAGUUCAAACACAUGCCGGUUACUCAACGUGCUGCGAUCGUGAAAAAAUCUGGAUUGUGUGUCAACUGCCUCUUUGGAAAGCAUUCGUUCGCUACCUGCAAGUACGGAGCCUGCCGAGUAUGCGGAACCAAGCAUCAUACGCUACUACACAAUCCAGAUGUCGAUAAAGCAAGAGGAUCCGGCACAAAUCAAGUUCCGAAGCAGCCUUCCGUUUCCAAUUUCGCUGGUGUCGAUAGUUCGCUUCCUGUUCCUCUCAGCCUCUCCGCCAAUACGCACUCGGGGACCAAACGUCUCGACCUCUCCCCUUCGAAACAAGUGUUUCUCACCACUGCUGUUGCCAAAGUCCUCGAUCCAAAGGGUACUUCGUUCCUCGCUCGAGUUGUGCUUGAUAGCGCUUCGCAGCCGAAUCUCAUGACUGAAAGGUUUCGUCGUCUUCUGAAUUCGCGGAAGACUCCUGGUAACACAGAGAUCGCUGGCAUUGGUGGAAAUAUUUCUGCAGUUUCGAUGUUUUCGACUGUCGCUACGGUUGCCUCACGGUUCAACAACUUCCGAGUUCCGCUGGAGUUUAUUGUGAUGGAUAAGGUGACCAUCGAUCUUCCAACUUGCACCAUCGAUGUUAACGAUUGGGCCAUUCCGGAGAAUAUUCGUCUCGCCGAUCCAUCGUUUGCUACGCGUGGUCCCAUCGAUAUGGUGAUUGGUGCACGGGUUUUCUUCGAGCUCUUGCGAAGCGGUCACUCCAAACUUGGCGACGGAAAACCGAUGCUCCAGAAUUCGGUGUUUGGUUGGCUCGUAUCCGGUUUUCACGACAGUGGUUCCAAUGCUGAUGAAGUUCGGGUCCAUUUUAACCUGUCGACGUUCCACGAUCUUGAGCAGAGCGUUAGCAGAUUUUGGGAGCUUGAAAUGUGCCAGACAAAUUCUACGUUGUCAGUUGAGGAGCGCCUUGAGAACAACUUCGAAUCAACAACUCGCAGGGAUGAUUCCGGACGUUACAUCGUUAGCCUGCCCAAAAAACCGGAACUUAUCGGUCAGCUGGGAAAUUCGCGUGCUUUCGCCACUCGUCGAUUUUACUGCCUCGAAAAACGUCUUGAACAGAAUUCCGAUUUCAAGGCACAAUAUUCCUCGUUCAUGUCCGAAUAUCUUGCGCUUGGACAUAUGAAAUUGGUUGAUGCUGUCGAGGAUGCUCCGGGUCGCCAUUUCUAUUUGCCACAUCAUGCUGUUUUCAAGCCGGACAGUUCUUCUACGAAGCUGCGAGUAGUGUUCGACGGUUCCUGCAAACCACUCCGGGUUUUAGCCUCAACGACUUGCUGCUGA